CACUACAUUUUCCUGCUAAUACAAUUGUAUCCAGGCACAGAUCCAACGAGUGUCAAAUUUUCUGUUGUUGUCCAGGUAAAGACCCUGGCACACCAGCCCAGGUGCCGAACUUCGUGUUUUCCCCUCCGCUAACCCGGUCCCGCGGCCGGCAGUCCAUCGUUCCUGUUGUACCAACCAGCACCGGCCGCAGUCACAGGAGUAGCAGGAGGACAAGAGACGAUGCCAGCCCCAUCCAAACUCCCCGGGUGGAGGAAGUGGCCACCUCCCCGAAACCUGCGACCCCAGAACCCACGACUCCCUCUAUGGAGGCCAUGGACAGCCCCGAGAGCGUCCUGCGGAGUGGGAGGGUUGUGAAGAAGGAGACUCCUGUCAAGUCCCCCACCGGCUACACCCACCGCAAGACUCGCGGCGGCAGGAAGACUACUACUACAAGGACUAGGACGAAGAAGCCGAAGCUGCCUCACAUCGAGCCGUCGGACAGCCCCAUCAGUUUCAUCUCGCCUGUACCGGAGGAGUCUCCGGCCACGAGGACACGCAGCCGGCGCCGAGUUGUGAAGAACCAGCCGCACCCCAUGAGCCUCAGGCAGAAAAAAGCACCAAAACUUUAACAGCUCAUGUGCCAUUUUUCUUUUACAAGAAAUAACUUAGAAUCUGGUGAAUUGCUGUAUGUGUACAUGUACAUGUAUCAAAAGAGUUGUGAAGAACGAGCCCCACCCCAUGAGCCUCAGGCAGAAAAAAGCACCCAAAAUCUAGCAGCUCAUGAACAGUACAUAUUCGGUUACAAGAAUUCAAACUGGAAGAGCAGGGGAUCGUUUGUUGUAUUUACGUGUAUCAAAAAUGUUGUGAAAAUUCAGAAGCUCGAGACAGAAAAAAGCAGCAGGUCCUAUACACUACACAAAUACUUGUAACUGUAAUGGAACUUAAAGGAAAAACAGUCUCAGUAAAUUCUUUGUAGUACGUACAUGUAUCAAAAGUAUUGUAAAAGUUCAGCCCCAUACUGUGAGUAUGCGACUCACCAACAAACAGUAUUUCUAAGGUUACAGGAUUGGUGACACAAUCAAAAGUAUUGUAAAAAUUCAGCCCCAAUUACUAUGAGUAUGCGACUCACCAACAAACAGUAUUUCUAACGUUACAGGAUUGGUGACACAAUGUAACUUACAGUAAUGACUGUUUAAUGUCUCAAAAGUUCUGUGAGAAAUCAGUCCUGAAAAGAAAGCGUCCAAGUUCUAUCAGCUCGGACAUGUAUUUUUACUGUUGUAAGAGAAGAACUUCUAGAA